AUGAAUAUGCUGGUCAACGCAAGGGGAGGCAUAAAGAGCCUCCCGCAAGUUAGGGCUACAAUCAGCCACUACAGACAGAAACUUUUAAAAUUCCAGCAGCAGGCACAGUUCUCAUUAUUCAACACUGAACAGAAGAAGCUAGCCGAAAAUGGCGUCACGGGCAGUGGUAACACUGGCUUUAUUCAGCUGUAUCACGAUUUGGUAAAAACGAACAAAAUUGAACGGGACCCCUUUCAGUACAAAUUAGUUCUGAUUCUUCAGGCCCUGGAGAACAACCUGAAUGGCUUCUACGACCAUGUUGAGAAGAAGCUCGCUAGGGGGGAAGUUCCAAGGAAAAAGUUCUUCAGCUCAUUUUUCGGGAUGAAGAAAAACGCACAGGGGGGGAGCAAAGAAGGGAGCAACAAACUCGCAGAGGAAGCAGAAACUGCACAAGGAGAGGAAGAUGAACAAGCUGUGGAGAAUUACCAAAAUGAUGAUAAUUUCUUCAUCUAUGAGGAGGAAACAAAUACCAAGGAGAAGCAAAAAAGCUUACAUUAUAACAGCAUAGAGAGUGAGGAGUAUUACCUCCGAGGCACAGACUCUUUAGUUGAUGAGGAAAACAUUAAGUAUAUCAGAGGACUGUAUGUGUACGGGAGUGUAGGCAGAGGGAAGACCUAUUUCUUGAACCUACUAUUUGACAGAAUAAAAUUAGGAAAACUAAAAAUUCAUUAUCACAAUUUCAUGCAAGAAAUACACAAAAGUUUUCACGAAGAAAAAAUGAACAAUUCAGAGGAUGCGAUUAAAAGUAUCUCCAUAAAAAUGAGUAAAAAAUAUAAAUUAAUUUUUAUCGACGAAUUUCAGGUGGUACACAUAUCCGACGCAAUGGUGAUUAAUUCUUUAUUUAAUCAUUUGUUCUAUCGAGGAACAGUUUUGUUAUGUUCUUCCAAUAGGAACCCCAAGUAUUUGUAUCACAAUGGGCUGAACAGGGAACGAUUCAUCCCAUUCAUAAAGCUACUCUACAAAUUUAAUUACAUUUUCGAAAUUGACAACUAUCACGAUUUUAGACUUCGAAAUAACAACGUGGAUAAUCAUAUUUAUAGCAUACCAACAAAAAAUUUUGAAGAAAUUAAAAAAAUGUGCAAUGAUAUGUAUUGCCAAGUGAGCAAAAAGGAUAUGAAUCACGUUAGACAGGUAGAAAAAUAUUCUAAAGAAAUCGCCGUCUCUGACUUUAAAACUUGUGUCAUUCCAUACAGCUUAAAUGAGUAUGCCAUUUUUUCCUUCCGCGAAAUAUGCGGGCAAAAUAUCAGUAUAGACGAAUUCAAUGCAAUAUCGAAAGCAAGUCACACUUUAUUUAUUUAUGACAUUGAAAAAAUGAAUGAAGAAAGUAAAGGAAACGAAAUGAGAAGAUUUAUUUUGCUCAUAGAUAUUCUCUACGAAAAAAACACAAAAGUAUUCUUUAGUGAUGUACCCAUUUUUCAAAUCUUCCAAAUACCCUCUAUUAUCUCUCAUUUCCACACCCUCAUGGAACAGAUGAAAAAAAAAUAUAACAGUUUUAACAGCUUCAAAAAUGAUGUCAAUUUGUAUCUCAAGUCGGGAAGUUUCAACAGAGAAUUAUUUACAAAAAUUGUCUCUCAUUUUGGCAUUGACCAAGAAAUCGGCAUUAAACUGUUCGACGCCAUAAAUUUCAACAUCAACAAGGAGUACAUCCCCAUUGAAUAUUUACGACACAUCCUGGCCUUCCACAUCACCAAUUACGAGGUAGACGUGAAGAAGCACCUCAAAUAUUUGGAGGAUAAGGAUGUCCAACUGGAGCCAAUCCCCUACUUGCUAUUCGAGUAA